AUGACAACACCAUCAAACUCUGUAGAUUUGGAUGAUCGUCGAAAUUCAACUUCUUCUAAGCAGUCAACACAAUCAACGCCAAAUUCGAUUGAUAGCGAGAAAACUUUUCAAUACUAUAAUGAGAGUGAACAAAAUCGUCUACAACAUCAGGAACAACUGUCAAGAAAAAAUUCUCUAACAGAAUCUUCAAAUGACAAAUUGAGUUUCAAAAAUUAUAAUCAGAUUGUUCAAUAUCUUCAAACAGGCAUGACUUGGGAUGAGGUUUGCGCCAGUACUCAUUAUCGAGAGACCCGUACACAAUCUCUACAACAGCAACAACAGCAUCAACAACAACCGCAACAUUCAAAUCGAAGUCAAGGCAGCAAUGUUUCUGUUAGACCAGUUCGUCAUUAUAAUCCAGAAUAUGCUCCACAACAACAACAACAAAAUCGAUCGUAUUAUCGGUCCAGCAAUGUGCCAAGAUGGGAGCAGAGGGGCGCUCAGCCAUCGCCGCCGGCUCAACGGAGAGAAACUGGUUCGUCCCAGCAAUCGCAUUAUCGUCAACAACAGCACUAUCAACAAAAUCAAACGGUUGACAAACAACAGGAUCAACAAUAUCAUGGCAGAAAAAAUCGUGUAGAUAUGGAUAAUUAUUCACAGAAAAAAGCAAAUGGUUACAGCAAUAAUCCAUCACCGUCAAAUAUUCCAGUUAAUAACAGUGUUCAUACAUCACAGUCGAUUUCAUCUAUUAGCCAUCCGUCAUAUCAACAACAAGCACAACAACAUUAUUCAUCUUCAUCUCCAAUGUCUUCAACACAAGGUGCAUCAAAAACUGAAGCAGUAUUGAUCGAUGAAUAUGGCAAGGUACAAUACACAGCUGCAGCUGGUCCAUCGAACCCAUGGGUAUUUGGCUUCGAGAACGUUGCUGUUUUACUCAAAAAUCUUAUCAACGAUGUACGAUCCAAAAUGAACAUGAAUACUCAAAAACUUGUGUCAGUGGGAAUGGCUAUGAGUGGAGCUGGACAACUUGAAUCCCAAAAUAAUAUUCGUGAAGAACUUGAAAAAGCCGGCAUUGAUACGAAACACAUUUAUAUUGGAGAAGAUUUAUAUGGUCCUGCGUUUACUUUAUCCUCUUAUGGUGGCGUAGUGAUCAUUGCUGGAACAGGAAGCAAUUGUAUUGUUUAUAAUCCAGAUGGUACUAGUAAACGAGCGGGCGGAUGGGGUCAUUUACUUGGAGAUGAAGCUGGAGGUUAUUGGAUUACACAACGUGCCAUUAAAAAAGUGAUUGAUGAUCAAGAUAAUUUAAAAGUGUCUCGAUAUGAUUUAACACGCCUUAGAGGAGAAAUACAAAAUUUCUUUCAAAUAACAGAAAUGAGCCAACUGUUAAGUCAUUUUUAUAAAGAUUUUCAAAAAGAUUCCAUUGCUCGAUUUUCUCAAAUUAUUGGAGAAUUAGCUAGUGCUCAAAGUGAUGACGCAUCUAUAGAAAUUUUAUGCGAAGCUGGUUUUAUGCUUGGUCUACAUUUAAGAGCAAUUUCUUCUUAUAUAAAUAAGCAAUUAUACGAAGAUGGCACAUUGAAAGUGAUUGCAAAUGGUUCUGUGUUUAAAAGUUGGAAAUUUUUGAAACCAGGUUUCAUUGAUGCGUUAUUAAGCUCAAAAAUCAUUCCAUUUCAAAAGAUUGAAUUAGUCCAAUUGACAGCGCCUGCGGCCAUUGGUGCUGCGAUUUGGGGAGCUCGUCAAAAUCAAACGCCAUUGCUAAACAUUGAUUUUAGUAAACAUUUUACAAUACUGGAUACAAUUGAUGAUUUGGAAAAAAAUUCAUCGGAAGCGUCCAUAAUUUUAAUGGACGAUUCACUGUCCGAUGAUCAGUUGAUUAAUACAACAUUAAUUCAACUAUCAGAUUUCGAUUUAUCACAAAUUGAUGAUAAAGAAUUCGAUAUUCCACAAUUAGAUUCUUUACCAAGUUUAGAAAGUAUAUUAAAUGAUCAACAGCAUACAUCAUCAUCAUACAGUAGUCAUAAUACAUCAGACGUACCAUUAAUCAACUCGUAUAUUCAUCCAUCAUCUCAAUUAUCAUCAUCUCUCGAUUCUUUUCUAACAAAUGAUUAUAAUUCUGCAUUAUCUAACAUUUCACUCGAUUCUUUAUCAAAUUCAUUAAUUGAUAUUCCUCAACUCGAUAUACCCCAACAUGAUCAAAUAAAUCAUGGUUCAUUAAUAAAAGUAAAAGAAUUAAAUACAAUAUCGAAUCAACUUCAAUUGUGUAUGGAACGUACAAGUUAUGGAAAUCCUACAUGUAUUGAUGUUAUUUCAAAUCGUCUUCUAGCUAUUGGUACAACAAAAAGUUGUGUACUACUAUUUGAACAUAGAACACAAAAAUUAAAACAUUGUUUAAAUACUCCAAUGAAUUUAAAUGGUGCUGUAUCAGCAUUAAACUUCAAUUAUGAUUGUACACGUUUAUUAGUAGGCUAUGCUAGAGGACGAAUUCAUAUGUAUGAUUGUACAAAUGGAAAAAUAUUACGAAAUAUAUCCGAUUGUCAUUUACCUGACACAGCUGUAUUACAUGUUAAAUAUACACAUGAUCCAACACUUGCCUUAUUUAGUGAUAGUAGUGGAAGUGUUUAUGUUAUGCAAUUUACUCGACAUAUUAAACGUGAUUAUCAAUCAAAAUGUCUAUUUAGUGGUAGUCGAGGUGAAGUCUGUUGUAUUGAACCAUUGAUAUUUACUGAAACAACUGAAAAAUUAAAACAACAUCCAUUAAAGUCAAUGUAUAUUGUUGCUUUAGCUACAUUUACAAAAUUAUUUAUCAUUGCAUUAAAAUUACAUGGACAAGUUAAAAUAUUACGUAUACAUCGAAUGUUAGGAAAUUCAUCAACUUUACCCAUACUUAAAUGGCAAUUUAUAAUUAUUAAUAUUGGAAAUGAAACACAAUGUAUUGAUCCUGUAUUAGCAGCUGUUAGAGAUAAACAAUGUACUUUUUUUCAGAUUCAACAUAUUCAUGAUAAUGAAGUACAUAUUACUCAAUUGAAACAGAUUGAUGUUAAUUAUCAAAUUAAAUCAUUUUGUUGGUUAAAUGCACGUGUAUUUGCUUUAUUUGAUAUAUCUGAACGUUUACAUAUUAUUGAUCAACGUUCAGAAGAACAAUUAGAAUGUAUAUCGUUAUCAUAUUGUCAACUUGUUUAUAAUACAUCAUUCUUCAGAUCAUUGGCAACUGGUGGCAAUGUUAGUUGUGCUUUGGCAUCAGCUGGACAAAAUGCAUGUUAUUCCACAAUUAUUACAAGUCAAGGAUGUGUAUUUUUACUAGGUACAACUAAUUUAUAUGAACUUCAACUACGAACUUGGAACGAACGUAUUGAUUAUUAUAUUGAAAAUGAGAAAAAUCAAUAUGAACAAGCAUUAGAAUUAGGCUAUUCAAUGUACAUUGGAAAAGCUAAAGGUUUGACAGGUUUACCAAUUGAUCAAGAAAAAGGUCGUCAAUGUAUAAGUGAUAAAAUGGUAUCAUUAUUAAAUUCUUAUUUAAAAUUGGCAUUAAAUUUUGAAUGUCCACAACAUGGUAAAAUUGAUUUAUUACAACAACAUUUUAAAAAAGUAUUACCACGUACAAUUGAUUAUUGUUUAUCAAUGGAUCGUCUAGAUUUAUUAUACGGUCAAAUAUAUGAUUUAUUUUCAAAAGAUAGUAUAGCACAUGGAAUUUAUUUACAAUGUUUAGAACCCUAUAUUUUACAAGCACGAUUUGAUUCAAUAACACCUAUUGUUAUGAAAGAAUUUGUUAAUUUUUACAUUGAACAAGGUUAUUUUUAUCAAUUGGAACAAUGUUUAACGCGUAUUGACGUAUCAUGUCUUGAUAUUGAUCAAAUAAUUCAUGUAGCAAAAAAAUAUAAUUUAUAUCAAACAUUAUUAUAUAUUUAUAGUAAAGUAUUUAAAGAUUUUACAACAAUAUUUAAAGAAAUUAUGGAAAAAUUAGAAGAUAGUUUUUUGGAAAAUAAUAGUAAGUCAAAUAUGACAUUUGAAAAGAGAGAAAGAGAGAGAGAUAAAGCAGUUAUGAGAACUUUUUUGAGAGGUCAAAUUGAUGAAUUCCUUGUAGGUGGCAACGAAUGUGUGCCCAUUUAUGGGUGCCUCCCCCUCUUUUUUGAAAAAAUUUCGGAUUUUGAGCUGAGCAUAGCUGUAGAGGAAAGUGCGGGCUACAAAAUGAGAUCACUCCCAGCACUCCACGACCUUUCUUCAAAAAGUUAUGCAGUUUUGAAGUUUUUUCUUCAAAGCCUAAAAUAAUCAAUUUUUAGUUUCAUAAGCUUUUCGCUCCUUUUCUGUACAUUCAAAAUUUUUCUUACGCAUAGUCUGAUAGAAGAAGGUGUUUUUUACAUAAUGAGACGUUUUCAGAAUUUUCCGAUGAGUUUUCGAAUUUUAGAUCUUUCUUUAGCGAGUUAUAGGGUUUCUAAAAUUCAAAAACUUGGUUUUUGAAUGUUUUUCGGUUUUUUUCCUAUAACUCUCUAAAGAAAGGUCUAAAAUAAAAUUUCAAAAUUAUACGUCUUCGCUAUGACCUUGAAUACCCCUGAUAAAAUUUUUAACUCGAUCGGAAGACUAUUUAAGUUCUCCAGACUUUCUUCUCAAAAAACUGAAUCUAUUGUCUUUAUCAGUGCGUCGUCAAUAUUACACACUCACUUACUUUCAUAAAAUCUAUCACGGUAGAAGCCCUAUUUCUUCCCACAAGCUUAUCUCACCUCUUACCACUCGUCAGACUUUAUGCCGAGGACAUAACAGACGGGUAGUAAUUACAAACUUUAAGCUUAAAACUACUCGUAGUUCUUUUAUACCAAAAACAUCUAAAGAAUGGAACAAUCUCCCUUCACCCUUGGCACUUCAGAAUAGUCACAAAGUUUUUAAGGAGAUGCUUCGACGGGAAUUGGG